GCAGGCAAGCACAGUGUGUCAACAAUAUCAGAUAUCAAGAACAAACAGCAGAAUUUACAACACAGCAGACAAAGUGUAUUGUCAAGGUGUUGUGUAUAAUGCUCUUGUGCAAUAACUUGCAGUGAUACUGCACUGUGGAAAAUAUAAAGGAAGCUACAGUGUUUGUGGAGACAGGCGGACUACUGUGCAUGUAGUUAAUUGUACAAACUGGCCAGGUGACACUAACCUAUAUGCACAUGUGAUGGCCUACUUACUGUACACUUUAAACCACAGUCCAGACUUCUAAAACAAGGAGAUUAAAUAUUGAGAUCAUCUUUCCUGUCUACACACUGCAACAAGAUGGGCUUCUAGAUUAUGGUAGCCUCAUUCCCAUGGCUUGUGAUAUAACUACUAUUACCAUGCCCGACGGCUAGUGAAAACCCCCAGAAAGAAGAGUCAAAUGUUGUAGUCAGGGAAAACGAGUGACCCUGACAUUCCAGGUGGCACCUGCUGCCCCGAGUUUAUGCCACCUGCACUUGAACUGGUCCUGGAUGAAGACCAAUAUUAACAAUCUGUGUGUAAUCAUCCAUGUUGAGACAACGGGAGAUUCGUUUUUCAUGUUUCUGUCGCUGCGAUCGCUUGCCGAGUGUGUGAAUCUUCCACUGAACACAGAUCUGUCGUCUGGGUCAUGUAAAGUGUAUGUCUACGGGCUGGAGCGGACAGACACACCCUACUUUUAUACAGUCACUGUGAGUGGAGUGAGGAAACUAACAAAACUUGGUGAAAAUCUGCAAUGGAAGUUGGACUUGGGAACGCACGAUGUAGCUCAUAUGGCCUUAAUUAAGUCUAAUGACAGUGAAGUGCUGGAUCCUUUUGCCAUGACACACAAACGCGUAUCUCCCAAGAAGAUCCAACUGAACACCGAACCCAGCACCUUGCAGCCAAACGUCCUGGUCAUCAUGAAGCAACUGUCCAGUGAGUUGUUCUGGUUGACCUCACCGACCAAAUCAUCUGUCGAGAUACCCCAGGAAAUGAUGUCGUCUGGCACCGUGAUGGUCAAAGUGUAUUCACUACAGAGGACACACUGCAGCACCGGGUUGAAGGUUUACAAGAAGAAAACAUCCUCUGCAGAAGUGGAAAUCAAAUGGCCAGAUACAAAAGAGGCACCAGAAAAAUUGCCAGACAUGAGCAUCAAGAAGUUGAAAACGCUGAAGGAAAAAGCUGCAAAUUACAUGUCCAGGAAAAAACACGGCAUGUACAUAAUAAGCCACCUGUACCGAAACAAGCCCCCCGCCUACUUCCACAACAUCAUGAACCUACAGGACGGCAUCAUGGAGACGUACCGCAAGGACUACAAUGGCGAUCCGGCCUGCAGCAUCAACAACGCCAUCGACGGACUCUUCUUCAGCACGGGCCUCGACCGCAAGACCAGACAACCACCCGAGUUCUCAUUCUUUGGUGCAAAGCGACUUCACGUUCCAGCCCAGUGGCUGCUGAACGACAACACCAACAUGUAUUUCGCAGACUUCUACUGUCACUACCAAAACCACUACGUCUGCGUGGUCGUCGCGGAGAAAGGAUCGCGAACCGACAUCUUCUGUCAGAGUAAACUGCUCCAGCUCGAUCCGUACGAGAAUCCGUUUAUUUGCAGGAAGAGGCAUCCCAUUCUCACUGAAUAUCAGGCAGUCUACGUAACGGUGGCUGUAUACGUGGAGCUUUUUUACACGGAAGAUAUCGACAUCGGGUCCAUGUUCAAGAGAUACCCUUCCGUUGUUUAUUUUACGAGGGUCACUCCCGUGGGCAGAGGGAAAAGCAAAAAAUAUGGUAUUCCGAAAAACAAAAAUUGUAAAAUUUGUGUCUUGUAGGACAUAAGUAAAUUUGUUAUCUGUUUAUGGUUCACUGUAAACGGUGCUGUUAAUAUUGUAUAAGACAUGCAGGGUUGUGAUGCCAAUAUAUAAAAAAAAAUAACUUUUGUGCGAAUGAUUGUAUUAUGUGCAUUGUGUUUAUGAGCUGCAUGUAUGCCAUAUGUUUAUGCGUGUGCAAGCCUGAGAGACUGUGUGUGUGUCCGUGUCUGUGUGUGUGUGGGGGUGGUGGGGGGAGUGCAUGUGUGUGUGUCUUUGUGUGUGUGUGUGUGCACGCGCGCGCACGUGCCUGUACAUAUAUGCACAUAUGUGCCUGCAUUUGUUCUUUAAGGAUCGUUGUAGAAACUGACUAGAAUGAAUGUUUUCACAGACUAGUCAUGGUUAUCAUCUUUACAGUGAGGAGUUGUUAUACAAACUACAUUCCAUUUUGGUAAACCAUCCACUCCUAAAAAAGAUUAAAAUUUGUUUCGCUUAAUAACACCACUAGAGCACAUUGAUUUACUAAUCACUGGUUACUGGGUGCCAGACAUUUUGUAAUUGUGACACAUAGAUGUAGUGAAAACUUGCUACAUUUUUUCAUUAGUAGCAAGGAAUCCUUUAUAUGCAUCAUCCCACAGACAGAACAGCACAUACCACAGCCUUUGACAUAUCAGUCAUGGCCAUCCACUCAUAAAAGCGUAUGUCAAAAAUGUUUUCAACAAUUUGUAAAGGUAUACUACACUGGCAUUAAACCACACCCUUGGCAUAAUGCAAAGAAAAUUUUGUUAAUUGUGUACACACCCAUCAACAUUAAUUUUAUAAUUUAUAUUUGUUAAUUUAUUACUGAAAUGUAUAUAUGUGUAUUUCACUCAUGAUUGAAAUGUUUUAUCAAUAAACCAUUG